AUCUGGAAAGAACAAUCAGCAACAGCAACCACCCCAAACUACAAACUCAACAAACUAUACUCAGUCAACAUGUGCGAAAGCGGAAGCUGCUCUUGCGGUGACAGCUGCAGCUGCUCCGGCUGCACCGCCCACUCCAAGUAAGGAGAGAGGCGUGCUUGCUUGACGGGACCCAAGACAAGAGUUGAUGGAUCGUCGACGCCAUAGGGGGAAAAAAAAAAAGGGGAUGGCUUUGUGAAUCUCCUUCAAGGGAUCUGGAAUGGGCGGUCAUCGAGUCUGUCGGGAGACCGUUGUUGCUUCUUCCUGAGCGUUGAGGAUAAUUCCGGUUAGCUAUCAAUCGGGUCCGUUUCACGCUUGACUGCUCUCUCCUUCAAAUAAGUCUCGAGAGUGAUUUUGACAGGU